AUGGCUGCAGAAAAGAUUUAUGAACCAUACAAGAAGUCUCGAGGGACUAUGAUUUACACACCGACUAAUCAGCAGAUGUCGCGUGGUGGCAUAGGAGAAAAGUUGGCUGAUUUCGUGAAGAAUCUAUACUGGGUUUAUUAUAUCCAUCUUCCCUUUUAUUUAAUGACUUCACUUGAUGCAUUUUGUUUACACACUAUAUUUCUGGUUGUAGUCAGCCUGAGCUUAUUUGGUUUAUUGAAGUACAUUUUCCUAUGA